AUGAGUGAUGAGGCUGCUUCAUCAUCAAAUGAUGAGCCCAUAAAUUCAAAAACUUCUUCAAGUAUUGUGAAGCAUAUUUAUUUUGAUGAAGAACAAGAUGAUAAUGAAAAUUUAAAAACACAAAAAAUCAUUGAACGUCCAGCACCAUCCACAAUUCGUAUCGAUAGUAGUGAUUUAAUAUCACGUUGCAAAGAUUUUAUCCCAUUAUUAUCAGAUACAAAUCAAAAAUUAACGAAUAAAGAUCAAUUCAAUGAAAAUAUUGCUUUAGAGCAAGAUGAUGAAAUUAAAUCUCCAAAUAUUACUGAUGAUUCAUUAUCAGAGAAGAGCUCAAAAGAAAGUGGUGAAGCUUCAUCAACAACUGAUAGUGAAAAGCAAAAUGAAGUAGUUAAGAAAAAACGUAAAAAGAAGAAAAAGAAAAAGAAAAAAAAAGUUAAACUAAACGAUGAUUCAAAUCUAGAUAUUAAUGUUAACACUUAA